GUCGUGGUGGGGGGAAUGAGGCGAGGCGCCCGCUGAGUGGAUGUCGGCGCCGUUCGAAGAGCGCAGCGGGCUGGUGCCGUGCGCCACCCCCUGGGGCCGCUGGUACCAGACCAUGGAAGAGGUGUUCAUCGAGGUGGACGUGCCGCAGGGGACCCGCGCCAAGAGCGUCGAGUGCAGCCUCAAGAGCCGCCACCUGUCUCUCUCCGUGGCCGGCGAGGAAGUGCUCAAGGGUAAACUCUUUGAUUCUACAAUAGCGGAUGAAGCAACAUGGACACUAGAGGACCAGAAACUGAUACGAAUCGUCUUGACGAAAACCAACCGUGAUGCUGGGAAUUGUUGGAGUUCUUUGCUUGAGAACGAGUAUGCUGCUGAUCCUUGGGUCCAGGACCAGAUGCAGAGGAAGCUGACGCUAGAAAGGUUCCAAAGAGAGAACCCUGGAUUUGACUUCAGUGGAGCAGAAAUUUCUGGAAACUACAGCAAAGGAGGGCCAGAUUUCUCUAGUCUUGGAAGAUAGCUGUCUUCUUCUUUUUUUCAAAUGUAUUCCCUUGAACUCAAGCAAAAAUGUUGUGAAAUAUAAAUUGGCCAAAGAACUCACCUGUGAGAACUAGGCUUAAAAA